CACGCACACACACAUAUAACCUCCCACUAGAUACAGCCUGUAUCUCCCUCCUCUCCAGCAGCCCGCUGACAGUGAAAUGUAACCGGACCUUCGUGCGACAUGAACGGGCCUCAGCUCAAUGAACUACCGGACGACGCGGAGGAGCUCGGGCCGCAUGUGAGCAACCUGAGGCGGAGAGCCCUGCAGGCCAGCGAGCUGUCCGCUGUCCGCACUUUCUCCGACGGCUUUCUCAUCAAGUUUCUGCGGGCCAGAGACUUCGACGUGGAGCUCGCUCUGAAGCUCUUAUUGAACUACCAGCAGUGGCGGAGGGAGAGUCCUGAGAUCAGCACCUGUCUGUCUCCCUCCUCAGUGCUCGGACUCCUCAACACCUCCUACCAUGCUGUCCUCCCACAGCGGGACCACACGGGCAGCAGGGUGCUCGUCUACAGGAUCGGCCAGUGGAACCCAAAAGACUGGUCAGCCUUCCAGGUGUUCAGAGUCAGCCUGAUGACAUCAGAGAUCAUCUCCAUGGAUACAGAGACGCAGAGGCGGGGUCUAAAAGCCAUAUUUGACCUGCAGGGGUGGAGUUUAGGUCACGCCUUGCAGAUUAAUCGCUCCCUUGCCAGAAAGAUAUCCUCCGUCCUCUCGGACUCUUUUCCACUGAAAGUUAGAGGAAUCCAUCUGGUCAACGAGCCAAUGUUCUUCCGGCCGGUCUUUGCCAUGAUUCGUCCCUUCCUGCCAGAGAAGAUUAAACAGAGGAUCCACAUGCACGGUGCUGAUUUUCAAGAUAGUUUAUCUGACUUCUUCUCACUGCCUGUCCUGCCUCCAGAAUAUGGAGGGGAGGGGCCUGGAAUAGAGGAGGCUUGUCAAGACUGGACCAAUCACCUUCUACAAUCAGAGAAUCUCCUUCAACAGAUUGCCACCCAUCCAACGGGUGACAUCGCUACAGCCUGUGAGGACUUGAUCUCAGAAGAAAAGGAGACUGAACAGCUCUCAGAGGGAUGAUGUUUGGGAUUUUGGAUCAAAACAACACCACGGAUGUAUUAUAAGACCCGGAUAUGGCGCCGCCGCUCAGCCUUGCAGCUAGUUUUUCCCAGUGGUCACUCCAGUAUUGCAGUGAAAAAUCUCCCUGCAGCCCAAA